AUGGCGGGGAUGGAGAUCUCGAUCCCUUCUGAGCAGUUCACUAAAAUCAAAGAGCCGGAGUUAAUGCCAGAAGAAGCCCUGGAGGAGAAGGGGGAAGAUGAUGGAGUGUGCAGGGUGAAGGGGUGCCUGAGCCCUGGAGAGCUGGAGGCCCAGUGCGCCUAUGAGGCCCUCCAGGCCAGGGUCCUGGAGGGAGGGCAGGAGCUAGUGCUGGUCCCCGCGGAGGAGAGCGAGAAGCACAUCCUGCCCCUGCAGACGGCACGCUUCUCAGAAGACGUGGCGCUGCAGGACAUUGGCUGGCUGACACCCCAGCACCAAGAAGGGGUGCAGCUGGUGGUGCAGCAGGCCGGCAGUGGGCUGCAGCCGCUGCUGUGGCUUGGAGAAGGGUCCCAGCAGAGCCUGCACCAGUGCAUCGCCGUCAGCAUCCAGGAUGAGGUGUACUUGCUGCAGGACGUGCAGGCAACGCAGGUUCACGUGCUGCAGGAGGAUGCAGCCUCCGCCAGUGGAGACGGGAAGUUUGUGGUGAGCCUGGCUGAAAACACUGGAUUGGUUAAGUUUGACAAAGGUCAGGAAGGCCAGCUCCCGGCUGCAGGAGGAUUGGGAGAAAGGACAGAAGAGCAGCUCUUUCUCAUGGAAGCCCGGCCGGGAGAUGGAGGAAGAGACGAAAUCGUUCUGACGAUUUCGAACGUAAACGUAGGAGAACAAGAAGAUAAACCUGCACCUGAUCAAGCACAUGUUGAAAAAGCCAACUCCCCCCAAAAUCAGAAAAAGGCAAAGGGAGUCAAACGAACCUUCCGCUGUGAUGUGUGCAGGUUUACCUGCACUAGAAUUUCGAGUUUCAAUCGUCAUGUAAAAAUUCACAGCAACGAGAAGCCCCAUAUGUGUCACCUUUGUCUGAAAGCCUUUCGUACUGUGACUCUUCUGCGGAACCACGUCAAUACGCACACAGGAACCAGGCCCUACAAGUGUGGUGACUGUAACAUGGCAUUUGUUACCAGUGGAGAACUUGUCCGACACAGACGUUAUAAGCACACUCACGAGAAACCCUUUAAAUGCUCCAUGUGCAAGUAUGCCAGCGUGGAAGUAAGUUUACUCUUGUACCUAAAGCUUCGUGGCGUCUCAUAA